UAAUUUCUCAUGACAUUUACAAUUAUUUAUUGCACCGUGCGUCGUGUCAAUCAAAAUGGCGGCGGAGGAUGACAUGUGUGGCGACGAAACUCAAAAUUCCGGCGAAAAUGUCGAUACUAUAGCUGAUACAGACAUAUUUACAGUGGAAGUAUUACAAAUUAUCAAGGAGGCGCAGCAGCAGCAUGGUCUCCGACACGGUGAUUUCCAGAGAUACAGGGGUUACUGUUCAAGACGUAUCAAAAGAAUUAGGAAGUCUUUACACUUUCCACAAGGGGACAAGAGACGGGUCAAUCCAAAGAAGAUAAAUAUGGAUGCAAUUAAAGAUGUGAGAUAUCUUCACCUGCCACUGUUUUCUGCUGAAAGAGCCUGGGCUUAUGCCAUGCAGCUCAAGUCUGAGGCAAACACAGAACCGAGGAAACGUUUCCACAUGAUCUCCAAGCUAAAGAAGGCUGUUGUUUAUGCAGAAGAAACGUUUACAUUAUGUGAACAUGAUAAAUGUGAUGCUAGGACCAAGUUAGAAAGCCAGGCAUACAGGCAUUAUAUGAGAGGAAGUUUAGAAUUUGAACUGGAGAAAUGGAAGCCAGCUAUAGAAAGUUACAGCAGUGUCAAAACAAUCUAUGAGAAUCUUGCUAAGGCUUUCACAGAAGAUAUUCAGGCACUUUACCUUCAGCGUGUAUCAGAGAUAGAACCAAACAUUCGUUACUGUGCAUAUAAUAUAGGAGAUGAGACUGCUAUAGAGGAUUUGAUGCAGAUGAGACGUGAAGCAGGUGGGGGUGACUUCAUGUUGGGAGAAUUAGAUACUUUGCUAUCACAGACAAGAGAAAAACAGGCAGCGACAUUGUCCGAGGUGACUUGGCAGGGCCGUACAGUUCCGGUAAAGAGUGAACCAGUCCGCCUGUUCCUGCUCAAUCUACAGGAGAGUGGGGAGGAUGUGGAGAAAUCAGAGGGCAUAGACAAUAAAAUCUCUAUAUAUGAGAGUAUAUUGAAGCAGUGUAUAGAUGCUCAACAAUUUCUCAGAGACUCCUUGCAAGAAGACCAGAAUUUCAAAUUAGCAUUACGAGGUCAGGCAAUAGAAGGGAAGGUUUCCAAUGCACACUAUCUACACAGCUACCUAACGUUUAUCAAACUGUCUAAGACUAUAGAUCGUAAUCUACUUCUUAUAGACAACCUGAAGUUAUAUCUGCCUGGAGGUCAAGUCGAGGAAGGCAGAAAGAUCACUAAACCACAGGACCUUGUCAGACUUUAUGAUAUUAUUAUACAGAAUUUAGGAGAAAUACCAAAUUUAGAUGGAAUAGAAGACGAUGAAUCACUUAGUGAAGAAAUGAGCACCAGGGCAUUAGGAUUUAAGGCAUUUAGAUGUUUCUAUAUUGCCCAGUCAUAUGGUGUUGCUAAGAAAUGGAAGGAGGCUAUAGGACUGUAUGAUAGAGUGUUACAUUAUGCACAGGAAGCCAUACAGAAAUAUAAACAGUUGUCUAGAGGUUCUCUCUAUAAGGCUGACCAGACUGGUUUAGAGGAAUUAAUCAAGGAAGCAGACAGCCUAAAGUAUUCAUGUCACGCCUCCAGUAUCCUGGAUACAGAAACAUUGACUGACCAAGUAUCAGAUAUGACUGUUAGGAAUAACAAGCCACUGAUGGAGAGGUUAGAUCAGUAUGCAGAAGAUUCCUCAUUAACAACCAAGAAAGCCAAACUUGUGUCAUUUCCUCCUGACUUUAAACCUAUACCCUGUAGACCAUUGUUCUUUGACUUGGCCCUAAAUCAUGUAGAAAUGCCAUCAUUAGAUGAUAAAUUAGAACAGAAGAAGGCAGCUGGAGGUCUCACCGGAAUGGUCAAAGGGUGGCUUUGGGGUGGCAAGAAGUGAAUAGUCUGUGUGUAAACUAUUGAGAUCGGGAAUGCUAGUCACAUUUGUUGUGAUUUUUAAAAUACUGCUUAUGCAGCAGUGUUCAGAAAUACCUGUGUUGGUUAGCAACUACCUUAACAAACAGGGUUUUCUGCUUGUAUCAGUGUAAAGCUUAUGGCAGAGGAAUGGUCCAUCCAUAGUUGUUGUGAAUCAAUUUCAUAUCUUUAUAGGUAUGCCAGAUUACAAGUUACUGUUUAUAGUUAGAAAUGGUACAUGGAAUGCGUAUACUAUAACUUGGAUCUAGCUGCCAUAUUAUAUAAUAUUGAAUGGAGGCUACAGUUGAUCACCAUGUAUGUUUAUGCUGUUUGAAUAAAAUGAAAGCAGAUUUCUGAAUUUCAGCAAUAUUGCUGAUUUGAGAAGAUAUAUCUUUUCUUUAAUUGUUUUAUAUAUUAGAAUGCAACUGCAGGUGUUAGAUGAGAAAAAAACCAUUAAACAGAUCAUGUUGUAUAUUUCCUUUGAUAAGAUAACUUUAUACUGAAUGCUUCACCAUUUUUGUAUUUCUUCGAUUGAUUUGGAUGGUCAAGGUAUCUGAAUCUACUGUAUGUGUGAGUAAACUGUAUCCUUCUAUAAUCUCUGAUUGUAUGAGUUGUAUGAAGUAACUAUUUUUCUCUUGUGAAUAUCUUUAACUUGUUAUGUGACUGUCACAUGUGGUGGCUGACUGGACUACCUGUUCCAAGAAAAACUUGAGUGCUCUCCAGCAGGAGUAUAUUUAUUUAUUCUUUAAGGUUUUAAGCCAUCAGAUUUUGUAUUAACAUUUUGCUUCUUGGAUGGUUAAAUUUUCUUAGAACUGAUGCCAAAUAGUACUUGUUACUUCAUUCAAAUACAUGUUUUUCUUAAAGCUUUUUUCCAUUGGUGUUUUGCAGGUAAUUUGCUAAGUUUUGUGUUGCAAUACACAAUGUUAUGUGUUCAUUUUAUAGGGAUAGCUUUUCAGAUUAAUAGCAGAUGCUGAAUGCAUAUUUUAAAAUCAUUUGGGCAGAUAUAACAUUAAUUGUGAUACUGUCUGGCUGCUCAAUCUUUGUCAAAGGUUUUAAAACUUGAGUUUGGAGACCAAGUUCAAAACUGUAGCAUCUGAUUAGAGCUGAGGUUUUGUGAUACAAGCUUGAAGUAAGAAUUACUGUGAUAGUUUUCAGCAUUCCAGUAAUAUCAGUUUUUCUUAUUAAACAGUAUUUCCUUAAAUAGUCACCUACAUGUAUAGCUGACUACACAUUUUACCUGUACUGUGACUUGUGCAACACAAGUUAUUUAUAUCGAUCAGACAGUGGUAAAAUUAGCAUGCUUUGAAAAACAGAUUCACAUUAUUGGAUGCCUGAUAAAUUUUUUCAAGCACCAUGUGUAUUGUUGUAAUGGGUGCAAGGUAAGCGAGGUUGUUUUAAAUUAGGGCAUAUGAGUUUAUUGAUUGUUCUUUUUUAGCUCACCUGAGCAAUGCUCAGGUGAGUUUUUCUGAUCACUCAAUGUCCGGCGUCCGUCGUCUGUCUGUCUGUCGUCUGUCGUCUGUCGUCUGUCGUCUGUCAACAUUUAGCUUGUGUAUGCGAUAGAGGCUGUAUUUUUCAAUUAAUCUUCAUGAAUAUUGGUCAGAAUGAUAACCUUGAUGAAAUCUAGGCCGAGUUCGAAAAUGGGUCAUCUCGGGUCAAAAACUAGGUCACUAGGUCAAAUCAAAGAAAAGCCUUGUGUAUGCGAUAGAGGCUGUAUUUUUCAAUUGAUCUUCAUGAAUAUUGGUCAGAAUGAUAACCUUGAUGAAAUCUAGGCCGAGUUCGAAAAUGGGUCAUCUCGGGUCAAAAACUAGGUCACUAGGUCAAAUCAAAGAAAAACCUUGUGUAUGCGAUAAGGGCUGUAUUUUUCAGUUGAUCUUCAUGAAUAUUGGUCAGAAUGAUAACCUUGAUGAAAUCUAGGCUGAGUUCGAAAAUGGGUCAUCUCGGGUCAGAAACUAGGUCACUAGGUCAAAUCAAAGAAAAACCUUGUGUAUGCGAUAGAGGCUGUAUUUUUUAAUUGAUCUUCAUGAAUAUUGGUCAGAAUGAUUGCCUUGAUGAAAUCUAGGCCGGGUUCGAAAAUGGGUCAUCUGCAGUCAAAAACUAGGUCACUAGGUCAAAUCAAAGAAAAACCUUGUGUAUGCGAUAGAGGCUGUAUUUUUCAUUUGAUCUUCAUGAAUGUUGGUCAGAAUGAUUGCCUUGAUGAAAUCUAGGCCGAGUUCGAAAAUGGGUCAUCUUGGGUCAAAAACUAGGUCACUAGGUCAAAUCAAAGAAAAACCUUGUGUAUGCGAUAGAGGCGGUAUUUUUCAAUUGAUCUUCAUGAAUUUUGGUCAGAAUGAUGACCUUGAUGAAAUCUAGGCCGAGUUCGAAAAUGGGUCAUCUCGGGUCAAAAACUAGGUCACUAGGUCAAAUCAAGGAAAAACCUUGUGUAUGCGAUAGAGGCUGUAUUUUUCAACUGAUCUUCAUGAAAUUUAGCCAGAAUGAUUACCUUGAUAAAAUCUAGUUCGAAUUCGAAAAUGGGUCAUCUGGGGUCAAAAACUAGGUCACUAGGUCAAAUCGAAGAAAAACAUUGUGUAUGCAAUAGAGGAUGUAGUUUUCAAUUGAUCUUCAUGAAAUUUGGUCAGAGUGAUUGCCUUGAUGAAAUCUAGGUCGAGUUUGAAUAUGGGUUAUCUGAGGUCAAAAACUAGGUCACUAGGUCAAAUUAAAGAAAAAUCUUGUGUAUGCGAUAGAGACUGUUUUUUUCAAUUGAUUUUUAUGAAAUUUGGUCAGGAUGAUUGCCUUAAUGAAAUCUAGGUAGAAUUUUAAUAUGGGUCAUCUGAGGUCAAAAACUAGGUCAUUUGGUCAAAUCAAAGAAAAAACUUGUGUAUGUGAUAGAGGCUGUAUUUUUCAAUUGAUCUUCAUGAAUUUUGGUCAGAAUGAUUGCCUUGAUAAAAUCUAGGUCGAAUUUGAACAUGGGUCGUCUAGGGUCAAAAACUAGGUCAUAUCUAAGAAAAUGCUUGUUUUAUCGCAAGAGACCAAUUUUUUGGUCCAAUCUUAAUGAAAAUUGGUCAGAAUAUUUGUUUCCAUGAAAUCACUAGGUCAGACAUGUUUUACACUGUUAUGGUGUGUUUCUUAGGUGAGCGACCUAGGGCCAUCUUGGCCCUCUUGUUUAUUAUUUUAUCCUUCUAGAACUUGGGAAGUAAACAAACAGUCCUCUUUAAAGUAUUAUCUGAUAAGACAUUCAGUUCUGUAAAAAGCUAAAAUGAAAAUACAAUGAAACAUUAUUAAAACAACCCUUAAUAUAGUGAUAUGUCACAAUACUUCUCCUGGAAUGAUACAAAACUCUUUAUCUGAUUGGUUGCUUUUGAGCACAGUUCUGAAGUUGACCAAUGGCAAGUUUGCAUUAUAGGACUCUCUAAACUCUAGUUUUAUGAUCUAGCUUGUUAAAGUAAAUGUGUACUACUGUACAGAGGUAGAUGAGCAAAUACAAGAUCUCCUUAAUAUGUUUGCUAGCCCCAGUACCUUUAUAAGGUAAUGGUGUAGGCUGGAUGUAGAUUUUGCAUUUUUGCCAUUGGUAUGUGUGAAUAUUUUUUAAGAUGAUCUUGUAGACAAAUAUUUGAAACAUUUUGAGGUGUGAAAGCAAGUAUCUGGUAUCUGCUCCAUUGUUUAUGUGCACUUAGGCCACUUUCACUGUGAAUUUAUUAAAUUAAUUAUUUUACUUUGUUUCUAAAAAUUACCCAAAAUGUGCAGAAAAAUACAUAUUUUGAAAAUAAAUGUGACAGUAAUAGAAUUUUGACAAUUAAAUCAGUAUAUAAAACAAACUUAUUGGAGAAUAAAGUUUUUGUCGUAUAUCUAAAGCAUUUGUUUAUUUGUCUUAUAAUGUAUAAAAGCAGGGCAUGUGCAUUUCGAAAGUCAUGAGCAUUAUGUGAAAUAUUGUAAAAGUGAUGUAAUGCAUGGUAUGUGUAUAUUUUGUUAUAAAGUAGCUAGAUCCCAUUUUCAGGUCAGUUGAAAUAUUUCUAUUGAAGAACACACACUGCCAGAAGAUGAUGCAAUUUAGUUAUUUUAUGAAAUAUAUUCAGAUUUAAAUAUCAGAGUAAGACUAAAAGUCAGUUGCUUAUGAAAUCUGAAGCUUUUCAGCUAUUGAACCAACAGGUAGUGAUGUAAAUAUACAUGGCUUUCUUCUUGGUUUUGAUCUGAAAGUGCGAGCUAGCUACCAACAUUUAUCAUGUUUUAAGUGCUGGAUUUGAUUCUCUUUUUUUAUCAGUGAAUUUAUACAAAUAGUAGACGAUUACCUGAAUUAAAUAAAUCAAAGGAAUAAAGAAAAUUCAGAAAUU